GUCCAUGCGUACGGAGCACCGCGGGCAGUCUCAAUUUGACGAGAUACGAUAAUUGCGAAAAUUCUUAACCUAAUAAAUAAUUCUCUUUUAAAAAAACAGUGCAAUCACGUAAAAUCCAAUAGUCAGUGAAAAAUAAUUGAUUGAAGAGAAUUUAGCGUGUGGAUUUUGGUCUUGACCAUCAAAAACACUUCGAUUGUAUCUCUGAAACGGGAAUUGGAGUAUCAGAUACAUUGAAUUAUGUUCUGUUUUCUAAUCCCAUCAGCUCGAGUUCGUCGGUUCGUCUGCGAAAACUGCUGCAUCACCUUCCCACCAGUGCCGAACAGCUGCAGAGUGGGGAUGACAUGGAGAUGAGGGGAAGGUGAUAGUGAUCGCCGCGCUGUCUCGUGCCGCCAGAGAGAACUUGUCCCCUGUUUUUGGCUUGACAAUACCUGCUUGUAUCAUACCUUAUAUACCCCGUAAUAAAAAGUAUUUGUGCUUCAGCCUCUAUAACAACCACUAGCACAUUUCGGGAUAUCUUGCUUUCCGCGAUUGGUGUUGGGACAGAAAAUCAGUCGUGCUUGAAAGCCCUUUCGAGUUUACUGGGACUGCUUGACGUUGUCUACAGAUAAGAGUUCUCGUUGAACUGUCAACUUGUAUUUUGUAUACGACAGUGUAGCCCCGAACGUCAAUUCGUUGAGCAAAUCAAUUGAAUCAAAUCGUUGACAGCAGUGGGAUGAUCAAUGGUGGCAACAAGCGGUAUGGUUUAUGAGGAAAUUGUUGGAGUGCGGGGCAGCUGACCCCAGCCUCCGCGCAGUCUGUAUAUGCGCGAGAUGCCCCACAAUUUGAAUUCAACAUCUGGCAAUUCUGCCAAUUCCGGGCCAAAUCAUCAAGGGUACCAUCAAGCUAUUAACGACGGACUGCAACCGGAGAAAGAGCCCGUACGAUUCGAUGCAAGUCACCUCCGUGGUGCACCAGCGGAAGUUGAGGCUCUUGUUCACAACAUCAAAGAAGUCGCUCAACAGUUUCUGUACCACUGGAAGACUUUUCCAAUCAUUCUACCUCCACCCCUCUCAGCUUGCUCAGACGGCGAGGAGACCCUGGCGCGUAAAAAAUACCACCUCAGAGAUCUCUUUGUAGCACCCAGCUUCGACGAACUUGACGCUGUCGCUGUUGAUACCAAUGGCGAACCCAGAAGACUUACCAAUAAACAAUUGGAGAGCAUAAGAGAGAGAGGCUUGCACAAGGAUAAGUACGGAAAGCCGAAGAAACUGAAUGCCACUCAAUUGGAGAGCAUUCGAAGAUCCGGGGAAUUUGAAAUCGACUCAAUAAACUUUACGGGCCAGACUCAUCGAUGGAGACUCAGCGGACUGCUGCAGAGAGGGCGAGAUCGUCGAAGGGAGACUCUGCUGAACGAUCUCGCAUUGGCAACGAGAUUUCUCGUGGUUACUGCACGAGCCAGACUCAUAUCCCACUGUUUCAGCAUCUCCCAAUCCUUCAAAGCCCUAUUAACCGGAUUUCUAAGACUACUCGACAUGAUCAUAGGAGUACCAUCCCUCCAAGCUCAGAAUUUGGAGGGGAAAAUUAGAGAAGAGCGCUGUCGAUAUCUCGUGGCUGAAUUGGUGUGUCGAGCAGAAUAUGAGGACUCUCUGGAGUUGCUCUGUGGUUUCGUGCGUAAGCAGUUGCGCCGAGCUGCCAUGGAGAAAUUCGAAGUAGAGCGGGAAUCCUCACAAUUAUUGCCAGUAUCCGUGCCAUUUGUCUUCGGUACACCAAGUGGCACAGCAGUAGACUUACGAUUAUUCAGCAGAGAUGUAAUGAGAAAAGCCAUGCCAAUUCUCGUGACAAUCCUUGAGAGAGAGACCCGUGGAUGGUUCCUGCAUUUUCGCGAGCGACUCAUUUCAGAAUUGAGAGGACAGAAAAAAAGUGAUGAGGAGAUAGAAGAGCAAGUUAAUGAGGCAGUAAUGCGAGAAUAUUUACAGAGAGUUUACUCCAAUAUUCUCAUUCAUCCAGACAUCCAGGCGUUGGGUGAUGGAAUUGGUCAGCUUCUGGUGCAGCAAGCGCAGUCCAUCAUCCUGAUGCAUCGUGCUGUGGAGAGCGUUAAGCGUAAAUUAGCCCAUGCUAAGGAAUCAUUACGCAAGAGCAUGGAGAGUGAGCACCCUGUUCUCUCUCGUAUAGGUCCAUGGAUGCGCGACAGAAUGAGAGAAGCAGAGAGUAAUUUCAUCGAGGAAUGCCAAUGGAGCGCCCACGAGGAAGCGCUCUCACUUUGCAGUCUCCAGAACUUACAGCAAACCGUCUACUUCCUCAAUCGUGAUUUGACGUUUAUGCGAGAGAGAGAACCCGUUCUCCUUAAAGAACUUAGAAAAGUUGAGACUCCAACGAGGAAUUUUCAGUGGCCAACGCAGAUAUGGCUCCCCAGAAAUUGGAUUGUCCGACGAAAUUUCCAGGGAACAUCAGAAGUGAUUCCAACAAUUCUAAGCAGCACCCCAACAUCGAUUACAACCCCAAGAGCAGAUCCCAGCCAACCAGUCUUCCUCGUGGAGAGGGAACUCGUCCACACGACAACCACCCGCUGGCCCAUGUGGCGAUGGAUAAACUACAUCGCGAGAACUUGGUGCUGGACGUGGAAUGCAAUGUUUCUCUUCGGUGUUGCAGUACCCUGGUGCAGCAGAGUAUCUCUGAGAGCACUUCUCAUGGUAGAUCCCUUCACCCCGGACUUGGAGUUGAGUCAAUUGAAUGGAACCCUUUUUCCUCGUAAGUCGUCCCAGACGCCGACCCUGUGCUCUCGUUUGAUAGCCCUCUGGCGACACAUCAGCAAGAGUCGGACACAUUUCGAGACAGAACCCGACACUGGCUUCAUCGGUAAAGGAAUGACAAGACACAUUAACAGACUCUGGAAUUACGGUGCGAAAGGCCUCCUGGGUACCCUCUGCAUUCUCUUUAUAUUCCCCAUUAUCUGCGUCGUAGCUAGCCUCGGUUCCCUCAUCAUCGCGCUGUCUGCCUUUGUCUGGAUGCCUCUAGUGACAUUGACACUCCAUGCAUUCAUGGCGCUUGUCAUCGACCUCGAUAGUCCUGAGGCUAGUAGAAAUCGUUACUUCGUCGUACUCGAGGCGCUAAUAUGGAAUAUAGGGAUCCAGGGAUGUAUCCAGCCACUGGCUGCCCUCGUGGUGGCACUUUGCAUAUGUCCCAUCAUUUCAUUCUUCAUAAUGACUGUUGCAGUGGUACGAUACUGGAUAAGAGUUGUUUGGGACACAGCCAUGUUCCAUCUUCUCAUAAAGAGCCGUGGAAGAAUUCCAGCGAGUGACAGUUUCGUGGUGAAGAGAGUGGCGGGGCCAGGACUUGCAUCUGAUUAUUAUUACCAGAUAAAACCAGAGCAGGCACUUGCUGCUUUCGAAGCCAAGCUCGAACUCGACGAACUGUUCGCCUUUCAGCACGAGACCGAGCGACUCAUUACUCAACCUCAAAGGGAUUUCACUCAAUUCGUUGAGGCCUGCUUCAGCCCCUUUGCAACCAACUUAGCCAAGACCAAGGAUCCCUAUAAAUCGUUGGAGAAAGAAGCUAGAGAUCUCAUUGGUGUUCUACACGAGAAACUCGAUCGUCGCAAAAAAGAUCUGCAAACGGGCCUCGGUGUUGCUGUCAGGAGUAAAAUCAAACUGACGACCUUCGAUUUGAAGAUGGUUAUUCAACAAGCAGCACUAAUGCUCGAACGACUCUAUCCCUCUCACGUUUUAUCCCGUCUGAAUGGUAAUGAGGAUGAUUUCUGGGAAAACAAGGGACUCAGUGUGGGGGAUUGGGCGGGUUUAGCAGGUCUCAUGUACGCUGAUAUUUUCAGUCUAGAUUUUUUACAGCCUCUCGACGACACUGACACCAAAUUCAAACUGGAGCCACACUCUGGAAUUGAUCUCUCUAAAUAUACCAAUAUGGUACACAGUACUGAACUCGGUGGCAUAAAUGGGCCUGAUUUACUUGGUGCCAUAUACGUCCCGAGGGGUAAUAUUCAGGUUCACAGCCCAUAUUUAGAAUUAUCGGCGUUCAAUCCACGCGCCAAGCAGCCGACCAGCAGUAAAAAAUUAGAGAAGAUGUGUGAAUCGAGUGGUCUACACUCAGCAAGAUCCAAUCGUAAAACAUUGACUGCCAUCUCAGGGGGAGAUACUCGCUGGCAGCCAUGGAAACGUGAAAUGAGACCGUAUAGCGCUGAAAAACUUCUCAUACCCCUUCCAAUUCCUCAUCCAGCCCACAUUGCCAUCACAAUUCACAAUCGGGACUCUGAGGAUCCGAUACCACUUGAUUCGGAGAUCUGUCAGAAUAUUCUCCGAGCCAUUGAGGAGUCCCCCGGGGAGAUGGUUAUUGAGAUAGUUGGACGAUUUAGAGGUGGGGCAGAUUCUAGUUUUGAUUCUGUUGCUUCUCAAUCGUCGGUAUCCUUGGAUGCGCCUUUGGAGAAAGAAGUGGAAAGCCAGCAAGCGAUCGAGAAUAAUAAACAGGGGGAGACUUACCAUUGGACGCUGUCGAAUUGGACCGGAGGCAUGGCCAGACGAAGGAAGAACUCUGGCUCCAUAAAAGUCGAUCUCGCUUCCCCUGAAGAUGUUACUCUUGAUACAGAUACUACGAGAGUGAUGUUUAGCACAUACGGAACAACUGUCUAAGUUAUUUAACUAUUAUUGGCUUUGAUAUGAUUUUUACUUGUCGCAUUCAAUUCUCUGUUCAACAGGGAGUGCAUUUUUUUAAUAGUCCAAAUUGUUCGAUAAUUUAAUUUAUCAAACGUUCAGUCAUUCUAAUCCACCUAUGCACACCAUUUUACGGAUAACGUCGGUAUUAUUUUUUAAUUAUUAAUUUAUUAACAUCGUGAUUAUUAUUUUUAUUGAUACUACUUUUUUACGUUUUUUGUUUUUGCUUUUGCAAUCGAUCCGAGGCUGUCAGUUUUUUCGUUACGUGAAAAUAUCAUGUCGUAUGGAACCAUUAAUGUAUAUAUACAGUUCUCUCCAGGAUUUUUAUAUCACAUCUCAUUACCUGGAAUGAAAACAAACAGAAACUGAAAUUGAAUCAAGCUCUCUUCAUUGUCAAAUUUCUGACAAGUACUGCAGCAAGCUAAAUUUAUAUUGAGUUGGAGUAAUUCUGUUUGAAAUAAUGGCAUCUUCCAAUGCAAUUACCCAAAUACGUAAUUGAACGUGUAUUCUGGCAAUCAAUAUGCUAAAAUUAUCGAAAAAAAUUAGUGGUUUGAACUAAUGUAGUCGGGACACGAAUUAAUAGAUUUUGAAUUUCACGGGUGAAUUCUUGGAGAAGAUUGACAAACGAUGAAUCUGAAAUGGAAAUUGGAUGAGUAUUAAUACAGCGAUAGUAUAAGCCUAUUUAGGUGAGUAAUUGGGGAAUGAUGUACUCUCGGAAUUAAAAGCUUCUAAGAAGUUUUCAGGUACUUGUCCUGGGGAAAGCAUUCGAGUGGGAGUGAAAAAAAUUGAUAAGUUCAUUGAGCGCCUUUUUAGUUGAUUAAUGCCAAAAAUCUUCUUGAUUAUAAAUAAAAUUGUCCAAUAACUUGUUAUAAAUUACGAAAUAUAGUGGAUAAAAUGUGAAGUACUAAACCAAUCGGCUGUGUGCAAGGUCACUAGAUGUUCCACGAGUCUUGAUCGCGAUUUUAUUCGCGAGUAGAAAGCGUUAACUAGAAAGAUUUCAUCAAUAAAAGACAAUGAACAAAUGAAGCUUGUCUCAUUCGAUCUCUCUUAGGUUAAACAAUAAGUGGUAAAACGAUAUGCAUUCCGUAAUUAUGUUCAAGAUUGAAAAAUAGGAGGAAAGAGGUACGCAUCAUGUUUUACAUUUACAGAACAACUAUUUCAGAUUCCAUCCAUGAAACUUCAGUCGAAGAUUUUUUAAUAUUUGGAUGGCAGUUUUCGGAGUGAUAAUACGAGUCAGAAACAGAUUUGUCUAUAAAAUCAAAAUAUUGUCGAGUUAUUAUGAUGAUAAUUCUUAACACCAUUUUUUUAGCAAACGUUGCGAUGAGUGUUAGACCUUGUAAAGUAUAUUAUAAUAUAUGAAUAUUAUAUAUAUCACAAAUA